AUAUACAAGUUGUUAUUAAAACAAUUAUACAGAAUUUUUAAACAAAUUCAGAUAUUAUUGUCGUGAACAACAAAAAUAUAAUUUAUUAAAAACAUUCCAAGAUGUCCACAAAAUAUGCCAUACUAGCACAAACAACGCGUUUGCAGUAUAAACCACCAACUUGCGAGUUGGAAAAUCAAACAACUGAUAAACAAAAUUUUACAGUGGCCGCUGGUACACUUGUAAAAGUUGCUGGCGAACAACAAACUUCCUUGGCUGCCACGCAGGUGUAUGUCUAUGACGCAGUUUUACGCGAACCAAAUACAACACGUAUCUAUGAAUGUGCGCCAGAAAGUUUGCUACCAGUUUCCGACAAUUUAUGGCCAUUCAUAGUAAGUAUACCAGAACCAAAUCGUCGUUUGCAGCUACUAAAGGACACAGAUCGUUGCAAUUGGUUGAACCAUAUAAUGCCCGGUGAUGUGAUUAGUGUGCCAGGGCGUUCCUUUGAUCGUGACGAUAUCAUACGUUAUGAUUGUAUAGUUUGUUAUAUUGGUCCAGUACCAGAAAUACAUCCAGUUGGUUAUUUCUUUGGCUUGGAAUUAAUGGAUGACAUAACAUCACCACAAGCAGCUGAUGUACCAUUUACAAAAAAGUAUUUUGAGUGUGAAGAUGAAAACGCUUUAUUUAUAACUGCCGACCGCAUAAUACCAACGCCGCCUUUUCAGAACGAAGACAGUUCUCCAGAAAAUGGUACAGAAGCAAAUGAAGCAAACGGGAAUGAGUGGUCCUUUACCGCUUUUAUUUUCAAUACCGUAGAGAGCAUACGUGCAUCACUGCCAAUUUAGAGCGUACGUAUAUAAUGAAUCGAAAGCCACUUAAUUCAAAGUAUUUUUAAUUUCAAAAUUCAUUUAUUCAAGAAAAAUUAUUUACAUAGAAAAUUUACUAUUAUGUUUCUAUAUUAUCUACUGCAAGCAAGUACGUAAUAUGUACAUUGUAAAAUGUAUAUUUAUGUAAAAACCAAUUUUUUUUAUUAAUCCUAUUAAAAUAAAAAUAUACACAUUCUAUUGAAAUA